CCCCACCCCACCCCUUGCCGGCUGCUGCCAGGGGUGUGUGCAGACAACCUCGUUCAUCCGCGAUGAGACACGAUACUGCUCGCUUUCUCCGGCAGUCACACGUCUGCAGCCAGGACCUUCCAGCUCGGUGGUUGCCUCUCCAUUUCUGACGCGCUUCUUCCCCAUGGAUCCACAACCGUAACCAUGGCGACGCGGGUGGAGGUCGGCUCCAUAAGUUCCCUGACGGGGGUGCCGGGCCUAGGCGAGCUCUCCAACGAGGAGGCCCUGACGCGGACCUACUUCCGCCAAGCUGGUGAUGCCCCCGGGCCCCCCUCGGCCCUGCUCUUGGAAGGAAAAAGCCCCCUCAGGAGCCCGGUCCGCCUGCUUCCUCUGCCAAGACUCGCCCCCAAACCCUUCUCCAAGGAGAAGGCUGCAGCUGCGGACGUGACACCCUUGUGGCCCAGCCCGGCCAGGCCAUCUCCCGCCGGGGGACCCUCCCAGGACGUGGCCUCAGGGCAUCUGAACGAGAAGAUGCCGGGCCUGGCAGGGCAGGAGGUGGGGAGCAGGGACCGCCCGAGAAGCGCGUCUCUGUACCCCAAGGCCGCCUUCCCUCGGCCCACGCCAAACCCCGUGAUCUUCUUCGAAAGCACCAAAGCCAACCCUGCUUUGGGGAAGGGGGCUCUCGAGGCCAACGCAGGCGUGUCUCAGGGACCUGCUUCCGCCCCCCGGCCUGAGGUGGCCGCCAAGCCUGCCCCGCCAGCCCGAAAGCCCGUGGGGAGCCUCCCGCGGCCAGCCUCCCUGCCUCAGGACUCCAGGCCGGUGGCCACCCCAGAGGAGACCGGCCGGAUGGAGCCUCUGUCAAAGGCCAGCAGCGUGGAGGGUGCAGGAGGCGCUGCCCCGGAGCCACCUAGGCCUCGCCCGAAGAGAAGGCCCGUGUCGGCCAUCUUCACCGAGUCCAUUCAGAUUCCAAAGCCAGGCCCCGGCGGGGUGGCCGGAGCAGGGAAGCUGCCCCCAACCCCUCCCGAGAAGACGUGGGUGAGGAGGCCCAGGCCUCUGUCCGUGGACCUCACGGCCCGGUUCGAGAGCAGAGAGGCCUUGGCGAGGAAGGCGGCGGAGGAGGCCACGGCAGGGCCUGCCGCCCAGCAGCGGGGACCCGAGAGGCCAGACCCAGAACCCAGGGUGGACAGGGAGUGUCUGGUCAAAGCAGAAGCACCUCCACAAGACCCAGAUUCCAAUUUCCUGCAGGUGGCCCAGAAGAUCCAGCAACGGAAGGAGAGGCUGCUGUGCCAGCAGGGGGGGAUGGGCAGCCUCAGAACCGCGGGGGGCCCAGCCAGGGUCACCCUCAUCGGUGCCCAGGGUCUCGGGGAGGAGAAAGCCACGCUGGAUGGGGAGCCAGAGACAGCAGCCAAGGACCCCCAGUCCGCUCUGCCCAGGCCUGGAAAAGGCCAAGACAUGGCUGAGGUCAGGAGCAGAGGGGCUGAGGGAGAGACACGGGUCUGGGGAGAGCAGGCCCCCAGGGGUGGUGUGAAGAAUCGCGUUGGCCUGUUUGGGGAGGAGGGCGCCUCGGCCUUGGCAGCGGGGUCUGAGUCCCCACCAGCCACCCCCGAGUCCCCAGCCGUCCCGCUGGAGCCAGAGAAAGCGGGCGUGAGCGUCCAGGAGCGGAUCAAAGGCUGGGCCACUGAGAGCUCAGAAGCAAAGCCGGAGCUCAGGAGGAGGGUGGUCCAGACACGGCCACUGUCAGCAGACUUGACCAAACUGUUUUCUAGUGCAGCUUCAAGCAACGACGUCAGAUAUGAAAAGUGUUUGGAGCUGAGCGGUGAGCUCCCCAGAGAACCAAGAGAAAAGCCGAAGGACAGGCAUGGUGUCGAGGGAACAUCUGUCACAAGAAGUCCCUGGAAGUCUGGUCCGCCCCGGGAGAAACCCAGACAGACUGAGCGGAAAGACAGUCCUGACCCGGUCCCCGGCGGCGCUCGGGGUGAAAGCGCGGUGGGGGCCCGGAGCCCUUCCGAAGGCACCCCGGAUGAUGAGGGAAGCUUCCAGACCGUAUGGGCCACGGUGUUCGAGAAUCAUGUGGAGAAGCACACCGUGGCCGCCCCGUCAGGACGCAGUCCCUGGGCCACCACCCCCAGGGACCUGGCCGACAUCUCGGAGCCCAAAUCCAGGCUCCUUGGACCCAGAAGCUCUUUCCCGCAAACCACAGCCCUGAAGCGAGAGUGGCUGGAAGAUCCUGACCUGGAGCGAGGCGGAGGGACCUCCUUCUCCAGCUGUGAGCCCAGACAGCAUCGCACGUCCUCCCUGCUGGGAAGGCACCCUGGGGGCGAAAAGGGCAGCCAUCACCCCUUCCUCAAGCUCCUGGAGAGCGCCCCCGCGCCCGAGAGGGUUGAGCCCAGGUACGACGUGGUGCACGCCUUCGGGGAGCGCGCGCACAGCGAGGCCGUCCCCACGGCGCCCGAGGAGAAGGCCCUGACGCUCCGCAGCGGCCGCUCUCGGCCCCCGCCGUCCCAGGAGGUCACCCAUGCCGUGACUCCUGCCGACCCCAAGUGCAGGCCGGAGGGCCAGGUGGGGUCUGUCCAAAGGGCCAGUUUGAUCUGGGAAGCCCGAGGGACCCAUGAGGUCAGCGGGCCAAAGCCCGAGUUCCACCGAGAGCCUAAGGACACGCAUGGAGGCAGCUGCCCGUCACCCAGAUGGACAGGCGGGGUGGCCGUGAGCUGGCACAAAGCUGGCGUGGGGCUCAGCGAAGGGAGAGCCUCAGAGCCUCGCCCCGAGACCACCUCCUCGAGGACUACCCUGGAGGCCCAGCACCGGGGGACCGAAGGGGCCGGAAUCCAGCCGGGGGAGAGGGCUCUGCCCCGGGGGGCGCCUCCAGAGCCUCUUCCCAGGGCCAAGGAUGAAGCCGAUGACUCUCGAGUGCAGCUUCAGGCGGACGUGCCGGGGCAGACGGUGCCCCUGGCCAUGGCUGGCAGCCAAGAGCCCGAAGCCAGGAGGCGGAGGGCGAGCCCUGGCGACCAGAGGCUGGACAGAUGGAGGCGGCGGACCCUGCCCCAUGACGUGAAGUUCGAUGAGUUCAGCUUUCUGCCCCCAGAGCAUUCGUCCAGGGCGGAGGCGAGAGCGGACCACCUGAGCCCCACGGGCCCGGGUGCCUUAGGAAACUCCCAGCUACUCCCAGGUCGGGAGGGGACCCGGCAGGGGAGCCCAGAUAUGUCACUGGACCGGGUUCUUCCCGCAGCAAAGCAGGGGUCGCCUGUGGAACCCAAGGCGACUUUUUUUGCUGUGACCUAUCAGCUCCCUGACACUCAGAAAGCCAAGAGCAUGGUUAGGCCGGGGCCUGAAAACUGGACAGAACCUUCUAGAAAAGCAGCCCCACCCCUAUCCCCUCUUUUUUAUACCCCUACCUCGGUUUCUCUGAACCGUGAAGAGCUGCUGGAGACCGUGGGCGGUAAAAACCGGGCCCCGGGCAGAGAACGCGAGCACGCAAGCUUUCCAAAGCCGACAGAGCAUCCGGCGUCUCUCGGGGACAGGAUUCUGGGUUCCCCGGGUGAGAGGAUCUCCGACGCCGAUGCGGUGUGGGUUCGUCGGGGCAAGGAAGGCGGCGGUGCUUUUCAGAACGGCUGGAGGGACAGCGGGAACAAGACGCCCCCUGGCGGCGCUGCCCAAACACCCCCGGCUUUCAGAAGUCCCGCGAAAGCCAGCGAGCUCCUGGUCCGAAGGAAGACGGAAGCGGUCAGUGAGACGUUCCCAGGUAAAGCCAAGGCGGGCUACAGGUCCAGCGUCCUCGAUAUCGAUGCACUGAUGGCGGAGUAUCAGAGGCCGCCGGCCGGAAGCCCGCGGGAGGCUCAGGAGUGGAUGGCGGGUCCGCCCGCAGAGCUCAGGGGCUUGGACCCCGAGAGGCCCGGGCUGCAGGGUGAGGCGGAUCAGAGACGGAGGAGCCUAAAGGAGCGCCCCGAAGCCGAGGCUCCCCAGAGACAGGCCAGUUUUGCCGAAACCAACCCUAGUUCCACUCCUGGCUCCGGCAAGUACCUGGCAGAGACGCCGGGGGCAGCCACGCACAAGGUCAGCUCUCCCCUCUGGGGCCCGCCCCACUCGGCUCCUCCUGAAAAGAAUCCAGGGGCCUCUUUGGGUCCUGCCGCUGGCCCCCGGAAGAAAGGCCCGGGGAUCCCUGAGGAUGAGAAGAAGACCUUUGUUAGUAAACAUCACAGCGCGAAGUGCCAGCAUCCCGCGGCCGAGUCAAAGCCCGCCACUGCCUGGGCGGAUCCAGGCGCCGGGGCCAGCAUGCAGCCCAGGUCGUCCCCCGCCGACCAGAGGAGAGGAACCCCGAGGAAACCCCCGGGGAGGGGCGAGGAGAACGGUGUGGCCCCGUGGGCUGACCACCUGCGCGACUUGGGAAGGGCACCGCUGGAUGUCAAGAGGGCCUAUUCGGAGAAAGGCCCGCCUCUCAAAAUCCGAGAGGGUCUGUCCAUCAUGCAGGAAGCCAGAGAGAGGAGGCAGGAGCAGCCCCAAGGAAGGCCCGGUCUCCCCAGGGAGAGUGCGGAGGCUAGAGACACCAAGGUGGGGCUCUGUCGGCAGGAGUCGGGGAAUCGAGACAGUCAAAAGGGGUCACCAAGGGACCUGGGCAGGGAGCGUGCCCUCCCGGACAAUGAGCCUCUGCUCCGGCAGGUGAGCCCCACAACCGCGGGCCCUCGAAGAAGCCACAGCUUCUGCAAGGACAGGAGGACCGGGCCCUUCGUGGAUCAGCUGAAGCAGUGUUUCUCCAGGCGGACCCCCGAGGCCAAGGACACCGACACCCUCGUGCAGGAAGCCGACAGUCAGUAUGGGACGUGGCCGGACCAGCGCCAGAGCGGGGAGAGCUUGGCCCCCGAGUCCCCGUCCCCGGACAGCAGUGCCACCUCGGCUUGGAAGCAGCCCCCCAGCAGCCGCCUGUCCUCGCUGUCCUCCCAGACGGAGGUCACCUCGGCCGGGGACCAGCACGACUGUUCCAGGGAGCAGUGCAGCACCAGCGUGGACCGAUCCAGCACGGACCUGGAAUCCACUGACGGGAUGGAGGGGCUGCCCCCGCCAGACACCUACCCCGCAAAGAAGGUGGACGACUUCCCCUUUAUUGACCAAACCUCAGUGCUCGACUCAAGUGCCCUCAAGACCCGGGUGCAGCUCAGCAAGAGGAGCCGCCGCCGGGCUCCCACCGCCCACUCGCUCCGGCGCAGCCGCACCAGCGAGCCGGACGGCAGGUCCGCCUGGGAGGAGGAGGCCGACAGCGCGUGGAUGUUCCGGGACUCCACGGAGGAGAAAUCCCCGAGAAAGGAAGAGUCAGAUGAGGAGGAGAGGACCCCCAGGGCUGAGAGGACGCCCGUCUGCAGACCUCAGAGGAUGCCUGUGUUUCCCGGCAUGGACCCGGCUGCACUGAAGGCUCAGCUGCACAAGAGGCCAGAGGCAGACAGUCCCAGUGAGACUUCUGGCUGGGCCCCCCAGCCCAAGACCCCCAGGUCUCCCUUCCAGCCUGGGGCGCUGGGCAGUCGUGUGCUGCCCUCUAGCAUGGAGAAGGAUGAGAGAUCGGAAGAGCCCUCUCCCCAGUGGCUGAAGGAGCUGAAAUCCAAGAAGAGACAAAGCCUGUAUGAGAAUCAAGCUUGAGCAGACAGGGGACACCGCCAUGUCUAAUGAACAAGCCUUAACUGUCCGAACCUGAAGACGAGGUCCCGCUGCUGCCGUCGCUUCCUGCACACGCCUGGUCCCUCCGGUUGGCCGGUCGGUCGGUCAGUCUAUCGGUCCAUGGAGAAGGCGUCUCAGUGCCCGUCCCCCGCAAGCUCCCCUGAUGGAUCAGGGAGGAAGGCUCACCCUUCACAAGCCCAUGCACCCUCUCUGCAGACAGCGCUUCAGGCUGGGGAAGAGACUGGGCAGUCCAGAAAUGUCCAUGCUGGUGGUUUUGGUUUUUGGGGAUUUUUUUUUUUUAAAACAAAAAUGUGCAUUUCUACGCAUUUUUAGACCCCUGCGAAGCUCCAAGACCAUGGAUAUCAAGGCGGGACCGGCUCCCCUGGGUUCUGAAUCACAAAAGCGCCUCUUCCCCGCCUCACCCCAGGACUGAUCUUUUUCAAAACGACAUUUCCAAGGAAGAUGAAAGCAUUCAUUUCCUGCUGUAACCAGUGGUCCAGGGCAGUGCCACCAGGCUGGGGGUUGGGGGUGGGGUGGUCUCGGCUGCUCCUUUGGCGAAUUCCUUCUUCCUCUCGAAGCAGUCAGCAGCCCCCACCUGUAAGCACCCUCGCCGUGGUUCCUUCAAGUGUAUGUGUCCCCACAGUGGGGCUGUGUGCAGGGCCGGCCCGUGGCCUCCUUCCUCACAUUCUGUGUGCUUCAGAAGGCGAUAAAGCAAUAAUCUCACCAACCUUCUCUGCAAUUCAGUGCGUAUGUGUGUUUUCACGCUACGGAACAGGAGGAGAGGCGUGCGGGUAUCGGAUCAUCUCAGGUUAUCUUCUCCCUGCCCCCAAGCUUUGUAAAGAGAGCCAUUCUCACCCUUGUGCACAUUUUCCUGGUUCCUUCCUGGAGAGCUCUGAGCUCCUGUGGGGUGACCUUCGCUCCCAAGGCUUCCCAAACCUGCGGCCCAAACGGCAGUGCCUUUCCCUCCCGAGCCCCUGGAGUCUUUCGGCAAAGUCAUUUUUCUGAGUGCGACCUGAGCUGCUGGCGUGGGAAGAACCACGCCCCGUUGGCCUCAGGGCGCCGGCGAAUGCGGGGUCCUUUUUGUUUGCUCUCACCUCUCCUUCAUACCCACCCUCCCCACCCAGCCCCCCAGUUCUCGCGGAUCAGGUGCUUUUUCUAGGUCCCAACGCAGGAAGGGAGAGUCUUGCUGAAAGCCCUUCUCUGGAGGGGAGUCCCUCCACUCCCCCCAACCCCCAGUCCAGGGACUCCGGACAGACCUGCCGGAUGCUAGGUGGCCAAGUGCAGCCUUGGCGGGCCUCUUUUUGCUCGCCAGCUCUAAGCUCGUUCCCAGGAAUCUGCAAGACCUCUGGGGUCUCCAGUCACUGUCUGCUCCGUCCUCUUGUUUCGUUUUGUUUUGUUUUUUUGGUGGAAGUUUCUCCACACCAGCCUCCUCCACCUCUUAGGCCCGAGGCUCCAGCAUACAUACAGCCCAGAGAUGGUUACCCCACCCGCCACGUCUGGAGUCGCCAUAAACUUGGGGCCAACCUUGCCCGGGAGCCGCCCACCUGAGAGAAGGAUGCUUGGGCAGUUCAUAGUGCAGCCCGUGAUUGCUGAGGGGCGCUGGGGCUGAGCUUGCUGAGUGUCUCUUGGAGAAAUCCAUUCUUCGCAGAUGGUGUCAAAACACGCCUCCCUCCCCCCAGCCACCCCCUCCCUCCUUCAGUCUCUGUCGUCUCCUCAACUCUCCUUCCUCUCUUAUCUCCCUUCACCGCCUCUUCCCUCUCUUGGAGGAUGGAGACCAAUCCCGUUGCUCUGGGUUAAGACCAACACCUGGGCCAGAGAGGGGUUGUGGCUCAGCACAGUGGACGGUACCCAGGUGGAGGGGGCCCUCCCCCCCGAGUCCUGAUGGUUGAGCUCCGGCCACUGGACGGGCGGUGGUUGGAGCCUGUCGCCCGGCAGCUUUGUGCAUCUGUGUCUGGAGGUUUGGUCCUGCUUGACCAUAGUCUGUAUUCUCUUCAUCCCUCGAGUUUGCAGUCAGUCCGUUCUCUUUGGCCAUUUGGGGAUUUAAUCCUUUCAGGAUCCACGUCAGCUGAUUUUUCUUUUUUUCUUUUAAAGACCCAGUUCACUUUUAUUUCAGUUUUGAUGUUGUGACUUUCCAGGUCAACAGGUCCCCUUUAAAAGCCACUCCUAGUGUGCUCUGACCCUGGCCCCUUUGCUUGGCAACUGUCUUUCCGUCUUUCUCAAGGUGGGGAGGCACCUUGGUUCCGUCUUAGGCAGCAGGAAGUGACCUGCUGUGUUCGGUCAGCACCCACCAGGCAAAAAGGCUCAGUUCUCAGUCAGUCGUGUUUCAGCCCAAGUUUACCCUAGAGGAAAGAAAAAAACCCUUGAAAAUGAGACUGACCUGGAAUCCUUGAAAACGAGACUGACCUGGAGAUGGUCGACCUAACCUCCCACUCCUGGACUGGAAAUAAAACUCCAUUUAAUUCCUUGGUGACGAGGAUGAGCAAAGUCCACCCCUUGAAACUGACCGCAGCAGCCUCAUCCCUCUGCCGCAGAGCAGACAGUCUCACUGGGUCAGGAGCCACCAGCUCAACACAGGCUCCCAGGACCUCCAGCUCCGGCCGCGAUCCGUACAGUGACGUCUCCAGCAACCGAUGCUCUGCUGGGAGCCUCUGCGGACAGCCAGCUGGGCCAGUGGGUUCUUUCACUUCUCCUCUUUCUAAGUGGGGUGAGCCCUCAGGGGCCACGCAGGGGGUUGUAAGUAUGCUGGUUUCUUGAAUUCUGGAGCCGCCUUUGGAAACCCGUCUCCUUUUCAACGGACUGAAUAAUGCCUUAACCAUUCGUCUGCAGUCAAGUCGCCCGCACUCAUUGAGCCCUCCUCGCCUGGGCCUUUGGCGUUCUUUAAAUGACAGUUUUAUACAGAAUGCAUCCAAAAUAAGAUGGCUAGAUAGGUGAUUUUUUAAAGUAUAAUUCUCUCUCUCUCUCUCUCUCCCUCUCCCUCGCCCCACUUCCCUCUCCCCACCGGCUUUGCACAUCAGCAUGUUGACAGCUGCUCUUCUGAGAAGUCCGUAUCACUUUCCCCUCCAGUCGAUCCCCCUCUUCACACUCUUGCCUAAGGUAACAGACGCCUUUGACCUGUAAAAUUCCACGGCAAGGCCUCAAGAGUCAGUGUGGUGGAAAACCCCUCAGCGCCACCUGAGAAACUCCGGUGGAAGAGAUGUCCCCCCACCAGUGUUUAGGAUGUUGGGGGCUUUGAGUGACGCAGCCCCGACAACCUCCAGUUGCCUGGGAUUUGGGGAGAGGACAGUCAGAUGGGGAGGUUUUGCAGGGGACCAGCCAGGCCGCAUGCUUUCAGCGCUUUCUUCCGUGCUUCCCGGGGAGAAGUGAGGCCAGCUCUGGGUAUUGGAAUAGACGUGGGCCCGACGACCGAGGCCCUCAGCCUCAGAGGCUGUGCAGGUGAUUUGGAAAACCCUGAGGCAUGGUUUCCCCGAAGGAGAGCUCAGCUGCUUCCGCCCGGUGCUGCUAACCGCCUUGUCCAUUUACGUUUCGCUUCGCGAUGCCCACAGACUGCCCAGGAGCCAGGCGUGAUUAAAGCCCCACAGACGUGUGGUCGGAUCUUCUCCAAACUGAAACGCUGGCGUCCAGGUGACUCCUGCGUGGAAGAUGGCAUCCCACCCAAGGAGAGCCUCCCUCCUCCUCCUCCCCCAUCCCUGUGGUCCUUCCCACACUGCCCUGCCCCUUAAUACAGGAAGCUGGACGACAGUGGCCUCUGUGUGAACCAGCAUUGCAGGGUGAGGUCUGUGGGGAAUGGGGAGGAAGGCCCUUUCCACUGGGAAUUGCCCCUCCCUCCUAUUUCAGCUGUGGCGUUGCUAUAGUCAGACUGUGUUUCCUCUUUUGACCUGUGUUGAAACAGAAAAGUGAAAGAAAAAGAAAAAAAUAAGCCCCAUGGCAUUGUGAUGCCAUGGGGUAGGAGGGACCCACUCCACCUGGAUGGGGGUCCACCCCAGGCUCCGCCCCCUUAGGGAGUGGUGGAUCUGAGUCCCGUGCUGAGAGCUGCCAGGUGCCACCGUGUUGGGAUUCUGGGCAAGGCGAGGGUCCGGAAACGCAGAACCACGUAGAAAGCCAGUAGGCACAAACGUGCUGGGCCUCGGCCAGUCUGUGUCUCCUUUGCCCCCCCCCCCGCCCGCCCCCAUCACCCCUCUAGAGAUCUCGUUCUUUGUGUGGGUUGGCUUCUGCAGGGAGGGGAGGACCAGGAAGUCAGGUUCUUGGAAAGUCAGCCUGAGAUUUCUGGCAAGGCCACCCUUCAGCCCCUCCCCAUCGUCCUCUCUGAAUCCCCUUGCCACCCUCACACCUGGCACCACACCAUCUCAUGAAUCAGCCUGGCACCUGCUUAACCAUCUCUGGUGGCGGCGUGCCUGUUUAAGAAAAAUAUAUGUAUAGUGCCAGUUGUGUGAAAGAAUGAUCUCGUUCCACACCGCCUUAUAGAUCCUGUAAAUACGGGGCUCGUAAAAGUCAUCCAUUGUGUUACGGGAAAUAUUUUGUACUGCAUUGACUCAUAUCAGUAUCCUCCAAGUCCUAUACUUCCCCUGUGACUAUGAUCCUUAGAAUGCUCUGUAAGAUGGGGGCAGUAAAAAUAUAUAUAUACCUACACCAUUGUAUUUUCCUGACCUUUCUCCUGGGUCCCUUCCUCCAGUACUUGAGUCAUGAUCGGAAAGGAACUCGAGUCCUGUGUGCAGGAAAGUUGAAGCGUCCUGCCAGCUGGUGUCCUCGCGGUUGCCUUACGAAUUCACGGGCUCCAGGAGGUUUGAACGGAAGGCGGUCGACCGGCACUUUAUUCAAUCCCAGAAAGGACCUCUCUAAUCAUGUGACUGAGAAUUCAUCCAGAAAGGAAAAAAAAAACUAUAUUUUUACCGUCAAAACCAAUGAGGCCUCCUGGACCUCUCAGAGUAUCGGAUGCCUACAAGUGCUUUUCUAUUUUGUAACUGUAAAGCGAUUUCAUACGCACAGCAGAGCAGUUAGGAGUCUGGUCGACUGCCCUAAAACACAAUGACCUUUUGCAUGUACAAAGAUGUCACAUUCAGACUCUGGAAACAGCAAAUAAAGCUUUGACGCGAG